AUGAGUAAUUUAUUUGUAUAUUUAAUUCAGAUCUACAUAAUACUAUUAAGGACUGAAUUUAUCCAUGGUAUAUAUAAUUCCAAUUUAGAACAAUAUAUACAUAGUAGUUUUCAGCAGAAUGAAGAAAUUGGGCAAAUAUCCAAUUUACUUGAUAAAGAUACUUUGAAUGAUUUUCUGGUAAUUGAUAAGGAAAGUGUAAAGAUUAGUUCAGUAUACCACUUACUUCCAUCAGGUCCUACAGACUUAUUAUAUUACUUUGAAUCUGCUAGGAUAUCACUUCAGGCAUCUAUAGAAGUUCCCUUAGCUUUAGGUUUACAUCGUCCUCAGAAUAUAGAAGAACCUUUACCUCGAAGUGUAGCAGCAGCUUCUUCUCAGUUAUACUUAGAGGAAGAAUUUUUUAUAAGUAGAUUUAUUAGCUAUUCUGUGAAUAUGAUUGGAUUUCCACUGUACCAUACCUUUUUGGGGGCUUGUAUAUUUUAUACAUUCCGUAGUUUAAGAAACCAACUUGUUUUAUCUUCAUCUCUUCCUUCAAUCCAUAGUGUGGCGUCUUUAACUGUUCAGCUUCCAGAAAUAGAAAGUUCAGAAUUCUUAAUUGCAUGUAAGAGCUAUAUGACAAAUAUUUCUAAAAGACCAUCACGUUAUGUACCCCCAAAAUUUAUCGAUACAUUAUGUAAGCAAUUACCACUUUGUGUAAAUGAUGGUGAGCUGCAGAAUUCUGUAAGAAUAAUGAGAGAAACUUUAGCAGUAAAUCUUGUAGAUGUAGAUUUGUUGGAUACACCGACUAGAUUAAAUUUUAUGAAGAAAUUACAACGAAAAUUUCAUAGAAAGCCUUUAACUACAUCUUAUUUACAACUACUAAGGUUGACAAUUAAAAUGGACUAUAUAAUGAAUUCUUUAUACAUAAAUAAAGUCACUGAGGUCUAUGAUUUAUCUAAAGAGUCUAUAUUUAAAGAUUUAAUGGAGAUAUUUGAUAAGCCAACAGAUACAAUUAAUAAGAAUACAAAUAUAUGUGAGUAUAAUCUAAAAAAUUUUAUCAACAAGCACAAGUUACUUCCUAAGUCCUUUGAAAAAGAGAAUUUAAGUAUAUUGGUUAAUUCAAUUUGUAUAUUUUCAUUACAGGCAAUCAAUUCCAUUUUAGUUCCUCUUCCUCCUACUCCUAUAUCACUUAAAUAUCUCAUGUACCUUCAUGAAUAUCUUGAGUUACCUCUUAAAAUGAUUGCUAAAGCCCAAUGUACAUUUUAUUUAUCUUCUUCCUAUACUGGGAUAUAUCCUUUGUUUCCUCAAGCUACACAAUUAGCAUUGCUAUUAGGAUCACUUGGUACUGAGAAUUCUAUAGCUUUCGUUUCUCAGUGUAAGACUCUACUACCAAAUUAUAUAAAUUUGAGGAAUAAUGUAUUUAAGAAUAAGGUGGAAAUGAAUAGUGACACUUUAAUAAAAGAUUCUAGUGAACUGUGCAAGGCUAUAUAUAUGUGUUUUACAUCACUUUUCGUAAUAUCUCCAUCAGAUACAAUGAUUCUAAUUCUUUCUUCAGUGGCUUCUCCUCAGAGUUUCCAUUAUAAUCAGAUUUUGUCACGAUAUAAAUUUAUAGGAACUAAGUUAUCUUAUAAUGAAGAGUUUUCUGAAAUAAAUGAUAAAAACUCCACUAUAAUUAGAGAAGUCCUGUCACCUACUGAAGUUUUGCAAGAGCUUAUUAAAACUCACGAUCCUAAUUUAGUAUUGAAAUCUCAACUACUAUACUCUUAUUUAUAUCGCUUGGUUCUCCUCAUAACUAAUUCAGUAGAUGUGAGUGAAUAUCAAAAAGAUCAAAUAAAUAUUUCAAUGCCAUAUAAAUAUAUAUUAAAUAAUAACAAUCCUAUAAGUCUAAUUUUUAAGCCCUCUGAGGUGAUCGAGAUAAUAAAGAAUAGUUUUACAGCCUCUGAUUGUGCUUCUGCAAUUGUUAAAGGGCGAACAGAAUUUUCAACAGUAUUUCCUACUCUUGCUACGUUUUGCUUUCAUGUUAUGUUUGAUUCUUAUCCCAUGGAAUUUUCUAAAAAACCUUAUUUACAUAAAUUGGUAAUUUCAGCUGUAAACGACUUUGGAUUUAGUUUAGAUUUAGUAAUAAGACUGCAUUGUUAUGUAGCAAGCUCUUUAAUAAUUAUGGGAGUUCAUCCGAAUAUUCAAAUACUACUAGAAUAUGUAAUUGAUAACCCAAAUGAAGAUCUCAAAAAAUUAUCGAAUAUUUCGGAUUUAGAAUCUAAAAUUUUAAUAUAUGGAGCUAGAAAAGAAAUUGAGCUAUGUAAACAUAAAGUUCCUUUAUAUUCAGCACUUUUAAGUACUCUUGUUUGGGAACAUUCCGAUGUAUAUUGCAAGUAUGUCUCACUUUGUUUAAAUGACAUUUAUCAUCUUAAAUUGCUAGAUUUUUCUAUUAGAUCGUACACAAGAGGAUUAACUAGUGAAAAGUUUUGGAGAUCAAAUGUAUUAUCAGUUAUACAGGCUGUAAAGGAAGAGAUUAUAUACAAUAGCAGAACCGAUAUUAUAAAUCUUGAAGCGAAAUAUCCUGUAACUUAUAUGGUUACUUUACAAGCUCUGAAAUUUAUAAGACUAAUACAGAGAUCUUCUUAUAGUAAGGAAAUGAGUAUUAAAGAUAUUAUAAUUAUUUUUAAAUAUAUAUACAGUGACUAUAACACUCUCCCAUGCAUAUCAAGUUCAGCAUUCACUGGAACACAUUUCAAAGUUUUCAAUCAAGAUACAAGUUAUAUAUCUGGUAAAAAUACCGAGGAUAAAUAUGGGAAUACACCAAAAAUGCAAUAUAAAACUAAUAUAGGACUUAGAAGUACUGGAAAUUAUGAGUUAAUGUUGGAGAAUGACUCCUGCUUAGUUAAAAAAUGCUAUGAAAUACUUUAUAAGUCCUAUGAAGUUUAUGGUGAAUUAUCAGAUACAAGUAUAAAAGGUAUUUGUAUAUCUACCUUCGAAUUUAUUCACUUAAAUCUCCCAGUCCCUCCAAUUAAUAGAAAUGCUCUUUUUAUUAAUUAUCUGGUUAAUUAUUUGUUUAUUCCCAUCAAUUAUAUCCCACCUUUAUUAUGCAGUUUUAAGAUAUUUAAUGCCAUGGCUUCUUCAACUUAUUUAAUGCCAGCUUUUGAACCGAUAACUAAUUUCAUUCUACAUCUUAUUGCCCUUAGGGGAGGGCUAAUUUCACUAGAUGGUGAAAAUUCGCUUGAACAUUGCAGAAUUUCUGCUUUAAUUUCGGGGAUUGUUGAUACAAGUAAUGAUUCCAUUUUCCCAAGUGAUAUUGUGGAAAAUGAAGUAUUAUCGAAUUGCCCAAUUCAAUUGAGAAAGUUGGAUAUGUUAUGCAGAGUAAUCAAUCAGCAAUGCAUAAAUAAAUCAGGAUUAACUACUACUAUUAAAAAUUACAUUGAAAAGAAAACUAGAUAUAAAUUUAUAUUUGAAAGCUCUAUAAAUUCUAUACAAAGUAAGAAAAAAACUGAUAGUUUUAGUAGUAUAAGAUAUAAAAUAGAAAAGAUAUUUGAAUCUAAGAUUACUAGAGGGCAUAAAAUAAAUUAUAAGGGAAAUAGCUUACAUAUAGUAGGAAUAAGGAUACUUGAAGGUAUUAGGAUUUAUGGAAUUCUUCAUGACUCGUUUAUAAAACUGGCCAUACAUGAUAAAUCUCAACUAAUUUCUACAUCAAGAACUAAAAGUACUGAGAAUCAAAAAUAUUUUGAAGACGAUAUAUCUAGAAAAACUAAAAUAAAUAGUGAUUUUGUUGAAGAUAAUUUUUCAGGUUUAUAUUCAGGUAAUAGUCCUUUUAUAACAAUGGAAAAUUAUGAGAGUACUUCAAUGAUCACGCUUGAUACCGCUAUUUUACUUGUUUAUGAAAUGAAUUUAAAUAUUAAUCAGUUACUUGGAGAUAGUCAAGAAGUUCAAGUACCACUAUGUAAUAGGCAUCCUUUGAUUGUACCAGAAUGUAUAAAAGUCCUCAAAGAGAAACUACCUAAGUCAUUUAGCAGUACUGAGAUUGAGUCUGUUUGUAUAAUUACUUUUGCUAGAUUCAAACAAUAUUAG